AUGCAGGUUCUAAUUCUGAGAACUGACAGGCUUCCAGUGAUCCCCACGCUGCUGCCCCACACUAGGCACCACGGAGCUCAGCUGGCCUGCUGCUGUGGGAAUGCCGGCUGCUCCUACUGCUGUGGCCCCAAGGUCCGCCAGUCCCGGAGCACCCGCUUCAUGUACGCGCUCUACUUCAUCCUGGUCGUCAUCAUCUGCUGCGUCAUGAUGUCCGACACCGUGGCCAACGAGAUGAGGGAGCACAUCCCUUAUUUUGAAGAUAUUUGUAAAGGCAUUAAAGCUGGUGACACCUGUGAGAAGCUGGUGGGGUAUUCUGCAGUAUACAGAGUCUGUUUUGGAAUGGCCUGUUUCUUCUUCAUCUUCUGCCUCCUGACCUUGAAUAUCAACAACAGUAAAAGCUGUAGAGCCUACAUUCACAAUGGCUUUUGGUUCUUUAAACUUCUGCUGUUGGGGGCCAUGUGCUCAGGAGCCUUCUUCAUUCCAGAUCAGGAGACCUUUCUGAAUGCCUGGCGCUAUGUGGGAGCCGUCGGAGGCUUCCUCUUCAUAGUCAUCCAGCUCCUCUUGCUUGUGGAGUUUGCGCAUAAAUGGAACAAGAACUGGACUGCAGGCACAGCUACCAACAAGCUGUGGUACGCCUCUCUGUCCCUGGUGACCCUCAUUGCAUACUCCAUCACCACGGGAGGCUUGAUUUGGAUGGCAGUGUUUUAUACCCAGAAAGAUGGCUGCAUGGAAAAUAAAAUUCUGCUGGGAGUAAAUGGAGGCCUGUGUCUGCUUAUGUCAGUGGUAUCCAUCUCACCCUCUGUCCGAGAUCGACAGCCACACUCUGGGAUACUGCAGUCGGGUCUCAUCAGCUGCUAUGUCACGUAUCUCACGUUCUCAGCCCUGUCCAGCAAACCUGCAGAAGUAGUUCUAGAUGAACACGGGAAGAACGUCACCAUCUGUGUGCCUAACUUUGGUCAGGACCUAUACAGGGACAAGACCUUGGUUGCUGGACUGGGUACUGCUAUCUUGUGUGUGUGCAUCUUGUAUUCAUGCUUGACAUCGACGACAAGAUCAAGUUCUGAUGCUCUGCAGGGCCGGUACACAGCUCCCGAGCUGGAAGAAAGAGCCCCAGUGUUUCCCUCUGAACCGGAGUGCACACAGGAUGGAAGUUGGUUCGCCAACUCCUUGCAUCACGUUUCACAGGAUAGACCUUUGAAAGAGAGAGUAGCCCGGUGUUGCUUUUGCUUCGGCUCUGGAGGAGAGGACGCUGAAGAGAAGCGGAAUAUGAAAGAGGGCCCACGGGUCAUUUAUGAUGAGAAGAAAAGCACCGUCUACAGCUAUGCCUAUUUCCACUUCAUGUUCUUCUUGGCUUCCCUCUAUGUGAUGAUGACCGUCACCAACUGGUUCAACUAUGAAAGUGCCAACAUUGAGACCUUCUUCAGCGGGAGCUGGUCCAUCUUUUGGGUCAAGAUGGCUUCCUGCUGGAUAUGUGUUCUCCUGUACCUGGGUACGCUCAUUGCCCCCCUCUGUCGACCUUCUCCGCAGUACUCCGUGUGAGGAUCUGAGCAAUCUCCUUGGUUCUGCAGCAGAAAGUGAUGCCCUUGAACAAAUAUCCCAGGAGUCAAGCAGUGACUGGUACUUUGUGACAAGCUGGCAUUCCCCUGGCUGGCUUCACUGGGUCUGAAAAA